CCCACCUAACAACAACCCCAACCCCGCAGGCUCGAGCACAACGACCCCACCCCCCAAUCCCCUCUGAGAGAGGAGACCGAGCGAGGAGGCAGAGACAGAGUCACGGAGAAAAAGACCGCUUCGGGAUCCCGGCUCUGUUCUGCCCUCAAUCCGGGCCUAAUGCUGUAGCAGACCGCGCAGGAGGAGAGCCCGAGCGAGAGACAGCGCACUGAUUGAGAGUCGUUGAGGGACAGGGCGGACCGGAGAGACGACGGGAUUGCUCAUUCGCCUGGAAACAUGGGAUGUACACUGAGCGCCGAGGAGCGCGCAGCUCUGGACCGGAGCAAGGCCAUCGAGAAAAACCUGAAGGAGGACGGGAUGGUCGCCGCUAAGGACGUCAAACUGCUUCUGCUCGGCGGCGGAGAGUCCGGCAAGAGCACCAUCGUCAAACAGAUGAAGAUUAUCCACGAAGAUGGUUUUUCUGGGGAUGACGUGAAGCAGUACAAGCCUGUGGUCUACAGCAACACCAUCCAGAGCUUGGCUGCCAUCCUCCGAGCCAUGGACUCCCUGGGCGUCGAGUUUGGAGACAAGGACAGAAAAGCGGAUGCUAAGCUGGUCUGCGAUGUGGUCACUCGUAUGGAGGACACAGAGCCGUACUCUGCAGAGCUUCUUACUGCGAUGAAGCGCGUCUGGGCCGACGCCGGGACCCAGGAGUGCUUCAGCCGCGCCCGUGAAUACCAGCUCAAUGACUCUGCUCAAUACUACCUGGACAGUCUAGAUCGGAUCGGGGCAGCAGACUACCAGCCCACAGAGCAGGACAUCCUGAGAACCCGAGUGAAGACCACUGGCAUCGUCGAAACCCACUUCACCUUCAAAAACCUCCAUUUCAGGCUGUUUGACGUGGGAGGUCAGAGGUCAGAGAGGAAGAAGUGGAUCCACUGCUUUGAAGAUGUGACGGCCAUUAUCUUCUGUGUGGCUCUCAGCGGAUACGACCAGGUGCUCCAUGAAGAUGAAACAACCAACCGCAUGCAUGAGUCACUCAUGCUCUUUGACUCCAUCUGUAACAACAAGUUCUUCAUCGACACCUCCAUCAUCCUCUUCCUCAACAAGAAGGAUCUGUUCGCUGAGAAGAUCAAGAAGUCCCCGCUGACGAUCUGUUUUCCAGAAUACACAGGUGCUAAUACUUACGACGAUGCUACUGCAUAUAUUCAGGUUCAGUUUGAGAGUAAGAACCGCUCUCCCAAUAAAGAGAUCUACUGUCACCUGACCUGUGCCACUGACACAGGGAACAUCCAGGUAGUGUUUGAUGCCGUCACUGACAUCAUUAUCGCAAACAACCUUAGAGGGUGUGGCUUAUACUGAGGCCUGUCCAAGCACAGAGGUUGUCGUGGAGAGUAUGAGGUGUUAAUAAUGAUAAUUUUGAUGAUACUUAAACACAUAAUAUGUAAUUCUACACGUCCAAAAAGGACCCAAAGAGCUGCCGUCAGACACCACACUGAUUUAUUGCCAUGAUUUGUUCCCUUUUUAUUUGGAUUUCAGUACACACAAACACACACACCCCAGUUUUGUCUUAUAUAUAAAAAAAUGUGUUCUUGAGCUGAAUGUUUCAUGUUUUUGUUGAUGACUGCGUCAACAACUUGGUCAGGUCAGAAGCGGCAGCACCAGGGGUAUAUUCAGCUGGAGCCAAAACUCAAAAAGCGUCCAGAAAAUGCAACCCGAGGAUUGUGCAAUGUCAUUUUUUAACCACGGCGUGGAAUAUGGUCCCAUCUUUUAUGUGACUUUUUUUUUUUUUUUUUUUGUGCGAGCCUCGAGGCAUUUCUACCCCGUACUGAAUAUAGCCUGUUGUGCUCCGUUUGAAGAGCUGCUGUGUGUAUGAACGUGGAGAUGGUGAUGUUGUUGGGGAGGUGCUGAACUCGUGGCUGAGGGUCAUGGUUGGGAAAGGAGGCUAUUUUAACUUUCAGACGGGACAAAGCUCCCCUCUCCUUCAGACCCACACAUGACUGAGUAGCCUGCAGGUCUGUUCCACUCUCUGAUGUCUCCUUUUACUUUAAAACAUAAUGAAAGAGGGAGCUUCUUCUGUUCAGAAUGGCUGCUGCCCAUCGCCAUUGGCCUCCUGUAAGCGUGAGGAAAUGCCUAUCAGCCAAUGAUAUAUCCCAAAAAAAAAAGGAAAAAAGGAAAGAAACAAACGUCAUAUCGGUGCCAACCAUUUGACAACGGAUAGGGGAUUAGUAUCAGAAAUCAUAGCUCAUGUUCAUACUAUCAACUAAUAUUAUUUAAGUGAGAUAUAACAUUUUAUUAUCAUCGAAUGAUUUAUUUAUUUGAGCCUCAUGCCCUACAUGCCUCCUCCUACCUCCUGAAAAUCCCGUGCCACAUAUUUAUUUCCUGACAUGAAAAACUGGGAGGGGAACACCGUCACCUGUCUAUGGUUCAGAGGGUUAGAAAGCAGCCCUCCAAUGACAUCUUGUUCUCUGUGUGGUGCUUUAUCCUUUUGACGUGAAUCUGUGUAGAAAUAGAAGACUGCACGAGGAGAACAAUAUCAUUUGAGGCAGCCUCUGUCUGGGGAGGUUGUGGGUUUAAAGACCCUCUUCUCCCCUGAUCAGUAAACAGGGAACCAUUUACUCCCCCCCUCAUCUGUCACAUUUCUCUUCUCACAGAGAAAAAGUACAGCUCUCCAUUUUCACCUGUGCACCCUGAAAUUCAUCCUCCCAUCCCCUGUAUACUCUUUAUCUAUCACAUAUCAGUCCCCAUAUCCUAUCUCCAUUUUCACCUUAAAAGCACCGUACUGUAUAUAUAUUAUGAUUAUACCAAUUUUUUUUUACUGUGAAUGUUUUUGUGCUGCACCCCCAUCCUAUUUGGUAGUUUAUUGGUUGCUCUCAUGUGGAAUGUUUGUGCUGAGCCAAUCGAAUGUUGUGUUUACAUUAAAGCCACACUUUUCCUAACUACUCCUGCA